AUGGAAGAUUCAUUGAAUGAAAAUGUUAAAAAAGCAAAAGAGAAAAAAGGGAUAUUUGAAAUUGGAAAUCCAGUGGGCCGAAGUGUAGCGGGAUUUGAAGAUGAUGAUAUUGAAGAAAUUCCUCAUCCAAAAACAAAGACUCAAACUAACAUGAGUGGGAAUAAGGGAAAAAGAAAGGCACAUGGCAUUGAAUCUUAUAUGACAGGUAAAUCUCUUGAUCGCUCUCAACCGAGUAUCAAGUCUUGUAUGCAAAGUAAAGAGAGAUGGCAUGGUACUGACAUGGCUAUAGCUUUGUGGUUUUAUGAUGCAUGUAUUCCAAUGAAUGCUUGUAAUUCUCCCUAUUACCAACAAGCAAUUGGAAAAAUAACAAGUAUGGGUCAUGGUUAUCAAGGACCUAGUUAUCAUGCUUUAAGGGUAACUUUGUUGAAAGAUGCAAAGAAGCAAGUUGAAUUAAUUGUUGACAAUCUACGUAGUAAAUGGGCUGAAACUGGUUGCACAAUUAUGGGUGAUGGCUGGAAGGAUAAUAGGCAAAGAAGUUUGAUCAAUUUUUUGGUCUAUUGUCCUAGUGGGAUCUCAUUUAUCAAAUCUGUUGAUGCUUCAGAUUUUGAGUCUAAUGCUGAAUAUUUGUGUAAUCUGUUUUCAGAAAUUGUUGAGAUUGUUGGAUCUAGUAAUGUUGUUCACAUGGUCACAGAUAAUGCAAGUAAUUAUAAAGCUGCCGGUCGAUUACUUUCUGAAAAAUAUCCUACAAUUAGUUGGUCUCCUUGUGCAACACAUUGUUUGAAUUUAAUUAUGAAAGAUAUUGGAGAAAUGACUCAUGUGAAAGAUGUAAUUACUCUUGCUUCAAGAGUCACUGUGUAUGUUCAUAAUCGAAAGUGGAUUCUUAGUUGGUUAAGAAAAAGGCCUGGUUGGAGAGAGAUUCUUCGUCCUGCGGAAACACGAUUUGGUACUAAUUUUAUUGCUUUGAAGAAUCUUCAUGAUUUGAAACAACAUUUGGAGGCUUUAGUGACUUCAAGUGCAUACAAGAGAGAGUUGAAAAAUGAAAAAGGUAAAGAAGUCAAACAAAUUGUUGUUGAUGGGAAGUUUUGGAAUAAUUGUUUGAUUAUUGUGAGAAUUAUGGGUCCAAUUAUGCGCUUGUUGCGCAUUUGUGAUUCUGAUGAAAAACCAUCAUUGGGUUAUGUAUAUGAAGGCAUGUGGAGAGUUGUUAAUGGCAUUAAAGAGCUGUUUAAGAACAAGAAAAAGUUCUAUGGUCCAUACAUUGAUAUAAUUGAUAGGAGAAGUCAUGCAAAAGCUAAAAAUAGAUGA